UUGCAACGUAAUCUACAUGCGACCAUUGUGGCCUGCGAAAAUUUUCUCAAUUAGCCGCCUCGUCCGCGCAAGGAAACUUCAUUUUCGGAAGCCGUGCCCAAGGCUGGCGCUCACUAACAAAUAAGGCCACAUAUAAGUACCCGUACACCGUGUAUUGUCUUAUUCAGGGAUCAGUCAUUCAGCUCUGCAGUCGCAUUUGAGUAGUGUUUGCAUAAUGUAUUGCUUAGAGUGUGUAACGUUGGUGGCGAUCGCUGCAGUGGCGCAGGCGGUUCCUAAUCCCAAAUAUAAGGGAGUUUUUCAGCCGCCGAUAGAAGUUGGAACUUAUGAAGGAUAUUAUCAAGAUCGUCCCAGAUACGCCUUCAACUACGGAGUCGCAGAUCACAGCACCGGCGACGUGAAGUCACAACAUGAGACACGAGACGGUGAUGUUGUCAAAGGACAAUAUUCAUUAGUGGAACCCGAUGGCUCCGUUCGAACAGUCGAUUAUACGGCGGAUCCUGUCCAUGGCUUCAACGCCGUAGUCUCGAAGAGUGGACCGAGUCUUCAUGCAGCACCACCACCUCAUCAUGGUCAUCAUCAACCUGCACUGCAAAUCAUUCCUCAAGCCAUACCUCAGGGACAUCACGGGAUACCACAGGGAAUACCCCAAGGGAUACCAGAAGGAAUACCACAAGGGAUACAUCAAGGAAUAACUCAAGCGAUACCUCAAGGAAUACCACACGGAAUCCCACAUGGACUACCUCAAGGAGCAGUCGCUCGUGGACCAGUUGUACGCUAUUUGGAAAAAGCUGUGCCCGUCCCCGUAGAAAUCUAUCCUAAGCGACUAUUUGGAUCUGGUGGUCCUAUUUUUGCCAAGGUUGGUCCGCAGUUUCCCGACUACGAGGGAUUUGGCAUCGACGAUUAUGAAGUACCCUACCCGUUUCAGUUUGAAUAGUUAGUAGAUAGUAACUAUAUAGGUACUUAAAUAAUAUUAAAUUAUUCAAUACA